GUGCACGAUCCUAGCUAAGCACUUCUCAGCUUUUCUUCUACGGCCAUCUCUCUCUGGUUCCGACCUUCAACAGUGAACACAUCGCUGUUCCUUCAUCUUCUCUGCCCCUGCGACGAUAUUCCUUCACGACUCUUUGACAACCUAAUUGGCGCCUUUCCCAACUUAUGGCGCAGCCCGUAUUCGAUCACCAUCCAUUGGAACAGUAUCUUAGAGAAGCUGGCGAGGCUCCAGAAUUAAUGCCUGGUGGAGUGGCCGAGUUUUUGCCUCAACCAGAAGACAGAACAGACAACUUUCCCUUUGAAGAUGUCACAAAUCAUGAGACUUGUCCUAAUUUCCUGAAAGAUCUUGCUCAGACCAUACGCGCCAUGAUAUUCACAGAGUCCUCUUCAGCCUUCGUCGAACGUUUCAAGUACAGCGUCAUAUCCUCGCCCCUACUCUCUCCAUCUCUACUUCAACCUCAUAUUGCCCGACUGCCUCGCUUACCAGGCCACCACAGUCGAGAUUCAAGCCUCGGUUCUUCAGAGAUUUCACACCGACCUAUUCAUUCCUUACCCCAAGAUCAUCAAUACUAUACUUUCUUUCUGGCUCUCGCACUCGUUACUGUUUUAUUUGGUGCCGGUUAUUACUUCGCAAGUCUUGUGUUGUUCGGGAUUUCAACGUUGCUCUUGUAUAUAUGCAAUCCAGAAUCUUCAUCAAAGUAUGAUAUGACUCCCUAUUUGGAUACACUUAAUGAUCUUAUAGCAGCCGGAAAUGUUUGGGACUCGGCAGUCCAAGAAGCCAUGACAACACUAGAAAAAAAUGAAGAAAAUACAUUAGUAACGCCAUUCUCCCCCGCCUCUACUCUUAGAAUAGCCCUUCAUUCUGCUUUGUUGACGACUCAGAGUCAGUGUGACAAUGUUCGCCAACUACUUUCAGCACUUGCAUCCCAUUCUGAACUGUCACAGAUAUCAGAAAUGUAUGCACCUCCCUCCCCGAUGCCAUUCAAGUCAUUUUCUCCCCUCUCUCCUUCUCGACCCUCUUCUUAUCCUGAAGCAAUACAAUUACGAACCCGCACACGCUCUGUUCCGGACUCAGUAGAGAACAAGCGAGCGACUUGGAAUGGUUCGUACUCUUAUCUGGCCAAUGCCGGGAGCCCUUCCCUGCAACUCACUAGACGACGAGAGAAGCGUCGAUCGGAUCUUUCCGCACUUCUCCAAACGGCAGGCACAACCAGCACCUUGCAACAGAGUCGAAGUGCUCCGGCUACCCCCCUCGUGGAGGAGCAAUUGGCAGGCGUUCUAGAAGAACGAUCCGGGACAGAGAAUGAUGCAAGCGGGGCAGCUGCAAUCUUUGAUCAUGAUCAUGAUUCAGAAGAGUAUCAAUCAUUUGGCCCUUCUGCGUUGAGACUGCGCCGAACGCGUACGAUUGGAGGUCUCAAAGUUCUAGGAGCAUCCACAUCACUACCAAGUUCACCUCCUGUGAAAUCCACUUUUUCCUCAAGUUCAUUGACCAACUUUCCUGCUCGCUCUCCACGUACUUCGCAGUUCGCGACCGUGCCAUCGGCCUCCCGUUUUACUGCGAUGCAGGCACCAAGGCAUCCUUUAUCUCUUUCAUCACUUAACACAGCAUUACAGAAUGCUCUAGCUUCGAAACGGUAUACAUGCUCACAUCUUCUCGCUCUGCGAUUUGUAGAAGAAGGAGAUGACGAGACGUACUGGGAGAACGUGAAGAGUGUUAUGAUGUUGCUGACUAGUACAUUUGCGGAUGCGAGUGCACGACUGACGGAGGCUUUGGACUUUGUAGAAGAUCAGAGGCUCAAUGAUGAGACGCCUAGUCCUGGGCCAUCACGCGUUGAUCUGACUUUUGAUGAGACGAAAUGGUCCUCUGGGCAUAGAAAUUCCCAUAGAGAGUCGUUCGCGCCUAUGCGGAGCGACCUCAGUAGGUUUGCCACCCAUGUAGAAGCAAUAUCGUCUGCUCUGGAUGAUGCGCGAGAGCAAUUAAUAGCGUGCGUUGCUGCAAUCAAAUCCAGCAGACAUAGGUCCGAGGCCGAUGAUGACACAGUCACGACUCCACAGUUGUCAACCUCCGCUGAACCUUUCGUAAGGGAAGAACAUCCGGCCCUACAGGCCUAUGAGCGACUUCGGCGCGAACUUGGACUUGCUUUGCGUGAAUGUGAGCGAGGACGGGAACGUUUAUUGGAUAUCAUUUCGCCCCCUCGUCAACAUUCAGAUGAAUCUGAAGAUGAAAAUUCUUCCCAAAUUUCCCCUCAUGACCUUCCUACGCUAGGACAUGACGCCAGCGACGAAUCAUCCGACAGACCCGAGUCAAUGGCUCCCUUAGAGUAUGAGCUUUCUGUCGACCCUGCCGACCCCGUUGCCAUCGUCAACUCUUUGGAUGAUGUUACGUCGCAUCUCCUUCUGACAUCCACUUCCAAACACUUGCCGCCUCCCGGAAUCGAACAAGUUUAUGAAGGUGACUCUGGUGCUGCUGGUGUCUACAGGCGAGAACGUUCUAAGCUUAGUAGGGAGGAACGGAUUCAGCUAGCUAAGAAGGCGAAUGAGGAGGGAGGUCAAAAGCGUCAGUCAGGAGACCAGUCAUCAUCAAUUCCUAGUGAAAGAUGGGGUCCUGGAGGUGAAGUUGUUCAGGAAUUGAAGGAUGUUAUCUGGAAGGUUGGAGAAAGGAGACGGAAGAUGGUUGACGGCCAGAUACAUAAUGUAGUACCGGAAGCUCCACGGGCAUUGGAUUAAUCGUAGAGAGAGUUCUUGCAUUGUAUCUAUCUGUCAUUAUUAGUAGUCGUACUUGCUAUCCAUGUUCAAAUUGUUCAAGUCAUCUGUCUGUUAUUUGAAUAUUACUCUUUUUAGAAUGAAUGUCACG